UAGAAUGGCUGGAAACGAUGGAUUGAUUAAGAGCUUCGGUGAAGGGUGCCAAUUGUGGUCAGCGACUUUGCAACAAACGCAGCCAGCUUCGGAUGUGAUUUCCGAUAAGGUGGUUCUGCUCUAUUUUUCGGCACAUUGGUGUGGACCUUGCCGCCGAUUCACUCCCGCUUUGGCUUCGCUUUAUAAAUCACUAAAGGCUCGAAACGAAGAUUUUGAAGUUGUCUUCUGCUCGAUGGAUCGCACGGCGGCUGAAUACAGGUCGUAUACGGAUGAAAUGCCUUGGUGGAGUUUGCCGCAUAAAUCACCCGCUUUAGGAAAGUUGGCAAACUUGUAUGGAGCCGUCGGAAUUCCUCAUCUAGUGGUUCUGGAGAAAGAUGGUAGCGUCCUGCAUUCGGACGGUAUUGGAGAAGUGUCGGUGGAUCCUGAGGGGAAGAACUUCCCUUGGCGGCCAAAGAAGCUUGUGGAGCUAUUGCCAGCAAGCUACAUUGGUCAAGACAAAAGUGAGCACUCCAUAUCAGACUUGAACGAUAAAUACUUGAUGCUAUAUUUUAGCGCUCACUGGUGCCCUCCGUGUAAGCAAUUUACGCCUAAGCUGAGCCAAGCAUAUACUGCUUUGAAAGAGCAUCGAGAUAAUUUUGAGCUGCUAUUCGUUAGCUCCGAUCACGACCAGAGUUCGUUUGACGAGUAUUUUGCGGAAAUGACCUUUGGUGCGAUACCCUUUGCUGCGCGUGAAGCAAAAGCUGCAAUUUCUUCCAAGCUGCAAGUGCGUGGCAUCCCUACGCUCAUGAUUUUUGGUCCGUGUCCUGCAGAUGGAGGGGACCGUCCUUUGAUCAACGGAUACAUUCGUGGGGUGAUCGAGCAAGGAGACUACAUUUCCGAAUUUCCAUACGUCCCUAAAGCCUACGGAGACUUGAAUAAGACUACGGACAAUAUUAACAAUUACAAGUGCGUGAUCGUGUUUCACGAAGCCGGAGAUGAUGAGGAGCAUGGGGAAAUACAAGAAGCGUUGAAGGGGGCAUCGGAUGCGUACGUCGGCAGAGGUGAACUCAAGUUUUACUGGGCAUUCGCGAUCACCGGAUUGUCCAAAACGGUUCGGGAGGCACUCGAAAUAGGUCCAAUCGGAGAUGCCCCUGUUAUGAUCGUUCUUGACAUUCCUAAUCAGGGGUCCUUUUACGUAAGUGAAGCUCCCGAAAUCACCACAACAAAUAUACUUCGUUUCGUACAAUACCCUGGGGAACGAAAGCAGUUAUAG